AUGAUAUCUGAAACUAAUGAAAUAAAAAUUCCUAUUGUAUCAAUUCAAACAUUAACUUAUAAAGUAUAUUCAAGUCGAUUUUAUGUUCUAUUUGUUUUUUCAUUCCUUGCUUUCAAUCAAUGCACAAUAUGGUUAACAUUUUCUCCAAUUGCAAGAAAUACAGAAAAUUAUUACAAUAUAAGUGAAGCAACUGUUGAUCUUCUUCUCAAUUGGGGACCAAUAAUUUUUAUUCCAUGUUUACCAUUAACUUCAAUUUUAUUGAAUCAACCUAAUGGAUUACGAUAUUGUGUUAUUGUACUUGCUGUUGCUGAUUUUUUAGCAGCACUUUGUCGUGUUCUUCCAUCAGUUAUUAUAGCAUCAUCAGCUUCAAAUUUCAAUACGAUUGCAUUACCAUUUAUACAUAUUGGUCAAAUAUUAAAUGCUGCUUGUGGUCCUUUAGUUAUGGCACCUGUUUCACAACUUUCAUGUGUUUGGUUUGCACCACAUGAACGAACACGUGCAACAACAAUUGCUAUAUUUGCAAAUAAUUUUGGUGCAACAAUUGGUUUUGUUAUUAAUCCAUUUAUUGUUACCUUACCUGAACAUGUACCUCGUCUUCUCUAUGUUCAUUUAGGUCUUGCAUUUAUUGCUUGUGUCCUUGCUCUUGUUUAUUUUCCUUCGAAACCACCAUCAGAACCUUCAGCUGCUGCUGAAUUACUUAGUCUUAAUCCAACUAAUAAUGAAAAUAAACAUAAUUGGCGAACAUUUUUAAAAGAUAUUUGGAAAUGUCUUACAACACCUUCAUUUCUAUUUCUUUCAAUAGCAGGUGGUCUUCUUUAUGGAACAUUUAGUGCAUGGACAAGUCUUUAUGAUGUUAUACUUGAACCUGAAAAUUAUACAGAAGAACAAGCAGGUUGGUUUGGUUUUGGUUCAUCAAUAGCUGGAAUUGUUGGUGGUCUUUUUUUAAGUUAUCUUGCUGAUACAAAUCGUUUUCAACAUUCAUUAAAGACAUUUAUUCUUAUUUCGUUUAUUGCUUGUUUAUUUAGUAUUGUUUGGUUUGAACUUUGUGUUCAUAGUUUAUUUUAUGAUAAACAUAUUCUUUCAUCAACAGCUCUUACUAUUGGUUUAUCAACUGCAUUAGCUGGCCUUUUUUCAGGUGCUGCAUCACCAUUAAUAUAUGAAGCACUUGCUGAAAUAAUGUAUCCACUUCCAGAAUCUUUAUCAGCAUCAAUUCUUGUUCAAUGGAUGAAUGUUGUUGCACUUAUUUUUCUAUUUGUUGCACCAAAGCGAGAUAAAUUAGUUAAUUUUCUUGUAUUAGUUGUUAUGAUUGUUUGUAUUAUAUUGGUAGUGAUAACUCGAUUUACUUAUAAAAGACGUGAUGAAGAUGAAAGAAAACGUAUUGAAAAAGAACAAAAUCAAAGUAAUGCAAGUCAUCUUAUCAAUGAUAUAACCAAUGAACAUUCAUAUGGAACAUUUGAUUGA